AGUCGCUCGUCGAAUCGGUCCGGAUGCGGUCGUGAGUUUUUCGGGAGCGCGGCGUUUCUGCGGUUCUUUUCAUCGGGGCAUUCUGUGUGACAGGCAGCUUUUGAUAGGUUUUCGAUUUUUUACUCCUGCGGUCCUGGCCAAUCGUUGUGCGGGAGAUGAUGUCUACGACGAAGAUGACGAUGAUCGUGCCUCGUUGAUUGAGGCGAGCGCGAGACGGAAAGUGUCAUUGCUGGGAUGAAGAUGAUGACAACGACGAUUGCGACGUGAUGUUUGGAUAUUUUGGACGCUGCGCGGAUAGUGGCCCGGCAGGGGCUCUGUUGCUUUUUGCCACCAGAAAAGGGUGAAUUCAGGCUGAAAGAAGUGAAUCCGUUUUCGGUUCGUGGAGGUGGCGCUCGAGUGGAGGAGUUUCUGUGAAAAAACCAAUUCCGAGAAGAAGGAUGUUAUAUUCUGGGCGUUCUGACUUUCAUGGCGUCGAGUGAGGCAAAGAAAGAAAGCAAAAAAGCGGUCGUUCAAAAGGAAUGUUUUUCUUUCUAUUCGUUUGAUGAGUGUAUACAUCCAGGGGUAUCCAUAUCAUCAGCUUAAGGGAAACGUGACCUCUCCAACCCUACGGCUGAAUGGUGAUUGUGCUCGGGCUCUGUUGUUCUUCUAGAAGAGGAAAGUGCAAAAGUUCAAGCCUGAUGGGAAUUGAUAACGGCGAAGACGAGGAAAGCCCCAAAAGGCAAAGCCUCUAGGAAAACGGAUUUGUCGACGAAGGAUGUAAGCGAACAGCCAAAGAGGAGUGCCCUUGAAGUGAGUGCUGGCGGUGAGAAAUCGAGCCGAAACAAAGUGGAAUGAGGAUGCAGUGAAAGCAAAAGCAAAAGGGCAAAAGCGUGAAGCGAAAAUUGAAAAGUUUACCCGAGUGUUGCUAAUUUGGGAUUUGUGCGAUUGUUUACCGAGUAGUCGGGAAGACGAGUGGCAAGCAAGAAGGCAAGGCAAGUGAAGUGUGAGAAAAGUUUUUCUCCGAGAUUGAUGAAGAUGAGUGUGAGAAUUUGAAAAAAGACCGAGCAAGUUAGCAUUAGCGGAAGGAGUUGGCGCUUGGCCAGGAAUUGGGACCACGGCUGGGAAGUGGAAAGUUCAGUGAAGCGAACAGUGAAGGAGUAUCAACAGCAGCAGCAGCAGAGCACUAGCGUCCAAUCCAGAAUAUUCGAGCUGAAGUGAACCCAACCCUUCUGGAAGCAAACCAAUUGAAGCAGUAACUGCCGGACCCAUAAACGUUAACCCUCUCGGUUUCCCCCCCCAAUCGCAAACAAUGGAACUUGCAAAAUGGCUCAUCAUCAUCGUCGGAGGUGGAGGAUGAUUUCCGUUUUUUUUUGGGUUGAAACUGUUGCCCACCUUCCUUUUCUUCAACAACGAUGCCAUCGAAGACGUUACCAAAUGUGAACCCAUUGCGUACUAAGUGUUGUUACUAGUGAAAUUUACCCAAAAUCACGGACUCGGCUCGCAGCCUCCCGGAGUGGGGCUGAGAAGAGCUGAUACAAGUCGGCCGCAAAAAUGCUAAUCAAGGCCAACAUCUGGAUGUACGUGUUUCAACUUGUUGUGAUGAAAGUAUCCUACAGCGUACAUGGAUUGGAUAGCGUCCACGUGCGGGUCCCGACGGCGGUGACCCUGGGCAGCCCGGCAGUGCUCGUUUGCGAGAGCGAUCUCCCCGACGAGGACCUCUACUCGGUCAAGUGGUACAAGGGGAAGCACGAGUUCUUCCGGUACACCUCCAAGGAAAUCCCAUCGAUCAAGAUCUUUCCCAAGGCGGGGAUUAACAUCAAUGUUGACCAUUGCAACGCGAGCCACGUAGUGCUGAGGAGCGUUGAACCGCACACCAGUGGGAAGUACAGCUGCGAGAUAACCGAAGCAGCGCCCUCGUUUCACACUAAGAUAGUCACUAGGGAUUUAAAUGUAGUAGAUUUACCGAAAAGCGAUCCGCAGAUCGUGGACAUGAAGCCGUUCUACGGUGCCGACGAGUUCCUCGAGGUCGAAUGCAUAUCAAACGAAUCACUGCCAGCGGCCCGACUCGAAUGGCUCAUCAACGAUCGGCCCCUCGGCACGAUUCAGCCUCCGUCCCGGCUGGAGUUUGUCACGUUGCCGACUACGAACAGUAGCAGUAGCAGCAGCAGCAGCGGUUCCCAGAGUGGUACCCCUAGUAAAAAAUCCACCAAGUCUUCCCUACGCCAAAAGCAGAACGAGGCUGACGAUGACGAAGAUGCCGGGACAGCGUUGGACAGCAAUGCCGUGCAGUAUCACUCUUCGCCGGAGUUUACGGUUCCGGUGGCCGCUGCCGUGGUGGCCUCGGCAGCUGCCCUCUCGCUAACGACGGCCAGUUCGCAGAUUCUGGCCGCUGCUCCGGCACUGCCCUCGCCAUCUGCCGUUUACUCAACGGCACCGUCAUCGAGGAAGGCCUCGUCCGGGGGCGGGAAGAAGGGACCGGCCUCGCCACGAUACGAAUCUGCCGUUUCCCGGCUGAAGCUCCUGCUGGGACACGAACAUUUCGACAAAGGGAAGAUUAAGGUGAAAUGCAUCGCCCGGGUGUUCGACCUGUACGAACGGUCAGCCCAGCAGACGGCCGACGAGAACUAUCCCCAGGUGCGGGUGCUCUCCAACAGCGACAACGGAGUGCACUUCUCCUUCAUGAGCGAUAAGGACGAAGCGUCCUCCGGAUCGGCAUCGUUCCACCACCGAUUGCGACCAUUCUGGCCAUCCUGGAUCCAGGCAGCGUGCCGACUACUACUCGAUGGUGGCCCUUCCCCAUACCAAGACACCGGCCAAUUCCCAGCAGCGAUGGCUUCGCUUCUCUCGAUGGCAUUAGCAGCAGCAGUAUCGUGCUUCUUGCGAAACCCAUCCUCGCUGCUGCUGUUGGCGUUGCUACCGGUGCUGUUGCUCGCUUCCUAACGCUUUGGGCUGGUGGGCGACACAAGUUGGCAGCUGUGAAUGCAACGGCAGCAUGUGUACAGUCGGUGUGAGGUUAUAUUUAUGUUGUUGGGCAGUGCUUCUUUGGAAAAUGCCAUUCGUCGAGUGGAAAGGGUCGAGAUGCAAUCCGAUGAAUGCUGGACAUUGGUUUUCUGAUAGGGUGGAAAGUACUGACAUUGAACAACGUAGGUAAUCAGCGAAUGAGGCACACCCUAUCGUGAAAGAGCAGCAUUCCGUUCUGAUUUACGUUCGGAGAAGCUUAGUCGUGUAAAUUCGUCGAUAAGUUAGUCGACAAAGUAAAACGCUAUUUUUUGUAUUCAAAGCUAGCCACGCUACAGUGUAAGAGUCUAAUCGUAGUUAUAUGAUUACUAAAAUUGAAAUAGUUGGAAUAAGAUCAAAUAGUUGAUAGUUGAGUAACUAGAACAAUACCACUGUUUGGGGCAUAGCUAAGGCAGUGCGCGCGUGUGUGUGUGAGUGAAUAACCACACCAGAAGAACGAAUUUCGAACUGAAACAUUGCAUCGAGGCAAAUGAUGGUUGUACAGCAAAUUUAUCCCCCCCCCCCCAAACUCACUCUCCGAAUAUGCGCAGGCAUAAGAAAAUUACAUUCCAAUGUUCAGCAGACAAAAAAAAAAUGCAAUCUCACAAUCUAUACAUUGUACAUUCGAAAUGUG